AUGGGUAUCCCGGCGGCUUUUCGAUGGCUGUCUACCAGAUAUCCCAAGAUUAUAUCGCCAGUAAUCGAGGAUCAGCCUCUUGUCAUGGAAGAUGGUUCUACGAUUCCUGUUGACACCACCCGACCCAACCCCAACGGCGAAGAGUUUGAUAACCUCUAUCUCGACAUGAAUGGCAUCGUCCAUCCUUGUUCUCAUCCCGAAGAUCGGCCAGCACCCACAGAUGAGGAAGAGAUGAUGAUGGAAGUCUUCAGGUACACUGAUCGCGUUGUAAACAUGGUGCGACCCAGAAAGAUUCUCAUGAUUGCGGUUGAUGGUGUUGCCCCCAGAGCCAAAAUGAACCAGCAACGGUCGCGACGAUUUCGUUCCGCACAAGAAGCACAAGAGAAGGAGCAAGAUAAACAAGAGCUCAUAAAGAUGCUGAAGCAACAGAAUGGUGGGAAUCUGUCUACUGAAAGCUUGGAAACUGUGACGAAGAAGGCUUUUGAUUCGAACUCGAUCACCCCCGGCACUCCUUUCAUGGACAUCCUUGCACUCAGCUUGAGAUACUGGUGCCAGUACAAGCUCAACACGGACCCAGGUUGGGCCAAAUUAAAGAUCAUAAUUUCCGAUGCCACAGUUCCCGGAGAGGGUGAGCACAAGAUCAUGAACUUUGUCCGCUCCCAAAGAGCGUCCCCUGACCACGAUCCCAACACUCGCCAUGUUAUCUACGGCUUAGAUGCUGAUCUUAUCAUGCUUGGACUUGCAACCCACGAGCCUCAUUUCCGAGUCUUGCGUGAAGACGUAUUCUUUCAAGAUCAGAAAGCUCGCCUCUGCAAGAUCUGUGGCCAGAAGGGCCACGAUGCGCAAAAUUGCCGUGGCGAGGAGAAGAAGAAGGACGGCGAGCAUGAUGAGAAAGAUAAAGGCGUUGCUCUCAAACCUUUCAUUUGGUUACAUGUCGCGGUAUUGCGAGAGUAUUUGGCAGUUGAGCUGGGAGUGCCGAAUCUACCCUUUCGUUUCGACCUGGAACGUGCUGUUGACGACUGGAUUUUCAUGUGUUGUUUCGUUGGUAACGAUUUCCUACCUCAUCUUCCGGCUCUCGAGAUUAGGGAGCAUGGAAUCGACACCCUGACCAAGAUUUGGAAGGAUAAUCUGCCAGUCAUGGGUGGCUAUGUUACCAAGGAUGGCCAUAUUGAUCUCGAAAGAGCUCAGGUCAUCUUGGAUGGCCUAGCGCAGCAAGAGGACAAUAUUUUUAAACGACGAAAAGAACAAGAGGAUCGACGUGAAGCCAACUUCAAGCGAAGAAAGCUCCAGAACGAGGGCAAUGGCCGCGGAGGACGUCAGGGCGGUCCUAGCCAUCCGAAAAAGAUCAACGGCCACGAAAAUCCUGAAAAUGGUCUACCACUCCAGGCCGUGGGGGCAUACACUGACCGACACGAACAAGCACUGACCCACGAUAUGGUGGUGAAUCGCAGCACUGCACCGGAUGCGAACGUUGCUAACAAAAGUGCUGCCAGUGUGCUUAAAGCGCAGCUCCAAUCGCAGAAGUCGCUCUCCAAUCCAAAGCCCGAGAAUCCCGAGCAGGAUUCCCCUUCAGCUCUUGGCAAACGAAAAGCGUCAAGCAUCGAAGAAGGAAACAGUUCAGUUCCUGAUGCAGCCAGUGUGUCUACCCCAUCGGUCCCGGCUGAAGAGGGCCCUGUCGACGAUGUGCGCCUAUGGGAGGACGGUUAUGCCGACCGGUAUUAUGAGAAGAAGUUCCAUAAAGACCCCAAAGACAUUGAAUUUCGUCACGGGGUCGGUCGAGCGUAUGUUGAGGGGCUCGCCUGGGUCUUGUUGUACUACUUCCAGGGCUGUCCAUCUUGGGAAUGGUACUACCCAUAUCAUUACGCACCAUUCGCAGCCGAUUUUAAAGACAUUGCCAAGAUGAACAUUUCCUUCGAGAAGGGGCGGGUAUCCAAGCCUUUCGAACAGCUGAUGAGUGUCUUGCCAGCUGCAUCAAGACACGCUCUACCCGAAGUCUUUCAUGAUCUCAUGCUUAACCCCGAGAGCAACAUCAUAGACUUCUAUCCUGAAGACUUUCAAAUCGACCUGAACGGAAAGAAAUUCGCCUGGCAAGGAGUUGCGUUGCUUCCGUUUAUUGAGAUGCCGCGACUUUUGGCAGCAGUUCAAUCCAAGUACCCGGAACUCAGUGCAGCAGAUUCUGCGCGCAACGAGAUGGGCAGAGAUGUUCUGAUUUUUUCGGAAGGCCACGAGAGCCUGUAUGAUGAGGUCCUGACUAAGUUUUAUUCCAAGAAGCAGGGCGAUUCCAAGUUCAAGCUGAAUCCAAAGAAGAGUGACGGCCUGUCGGGCAGAGUGGAGAAGAAGGAGGGCUAUGUUCCCCAUAGCGAGUUGAAGUAUCCUCUGGAACGAAACAGUAUGCCCGAUCUAGACUAUGACAGAUCAGUCAGUGUGUAUUACGACUUCCCCCAAGCAUCGCAAACGCACAAGUCGAUGCUCCUUCGUGGAGUGCAACUCCCAACGCCUGCCCUCACACAGAAUGACAUACAGGACAUGCGGAGCAGGGCGAAUCGAGGUGGUAGGGGCGGCUUUGGCCGUGGCCAUGAUCGAGGUGGCUACAACGGACCUGGCAUGACGCGUGGUUCACAAUACAACCGCAACCAGGGAGGAUACGGCCGAGGUAACGGUCAUUACCCUCCCGCACCAGCAUCCCACGUCCCUCCACCACCAGGAGCCCCCGGGUUCGGCAUUGGAGUGCCACCUCCGCCACCACCAAACAGCUACCACAACCAGCCAUAUGAUAACCGAUAUGGAGCCUCUUCAGGUUACAACCAAUACAGAGGCCCUCCUCGCCCAGCCAAUGGUGCCCCAGGGUACCAUGGCCAUGGCGACGCUUCUUAUGAAAGAGGUCGAGGCUCAGGAGGCUACAGUUCCCGAGGCCGUUAUCGAGACAAUCGGUCGUAUAGGUAG